GCUCAAAGCUUGUCUAUCUGACUAACAGACAUUGGUGCAGUAAAAGAUAUUACCUCAUCUCUCUAAUAUCUUGGAACCAAUGCCUCUACAACAGUGCAUGCAACCUUGUUUUUAGUCUCUUUAGGUACAGCAAGUCAAGUGUGACUUCUCUUGCCGAUAAGGAAUGGAAUUCCCUUUUCUGAAGUACAUCACAUGCUUUUGCUGAAGUUAGACCAACAGGAUCCCAGUUAUGAACAAAGCUUGCCUCUGGUUGGUGUUUGGGAUGUUGUAUCCUGCUUAUUAUUCUUACAAAGCUGUGAAGACAAAAAAUGUGAAGGAAUAUGUUCGAUGGAUGAUGUACUGGAUUGUGUUUGCUCUUUAUACAGUUACUGAGACAGUAGCAGACCUAAUGAUCUCUUGGUUUCCAUUGUAUUAUGAGUUGAAGAUCGCUUUUGUUAUUUGGCUGCUCUCCCCAUAUACUAGAGGGGCAAGUUUAAUGUAUAGGAAGUUUCUCCAUCCUCUUCUUUCUUCAAAGGAACGAGAGAUCGAUGAGUAUAUUGUACAAGCCAAAGAACGAGGUUAUGAAACUAUGGUGAAUUUUGGGAGACAAGGUUUAAAUUUGGCAGCUACUGCUGCAGUGACUGCUGCUGCAAAGGGUCAAGGUGCAAUAACUGAACGGUUGAGAAGUUUCAGUAUGCAUGACUUAACAGCUAUUCAAGGAGAUGAGCCAGUGGGACAAAGACCCUAUCAGACUUUACCUGAAACCAAAAAGAAAACCAAGAGUUCUGUCAGUGAGUCUCUGGGUUACAGAAUUCCAUUGAAAAAAGAUUCUGGAGAUGAUAAAACAGAUGAGGAAAUGGAGGGGACUCAUUCAGAAGAUGAGAUGUUUGCUCAGAGGGGUCUCCGACGAUCACAAAGCAUGAAAUCUGUGAAAAGUAUUAAAGGCCGUAAAGAGAUACGGUAUGGCUCAUUAAAAUAUAAAGUAAAGAAGAGGCCUGCGGUGUAUUUUUAAGUGUACUACACUUUAAAGACAAACUGCUGUACUACAGUAACUUUACUUGGCACAUCAUGUGUUCAGGAUUUGAGUGUAUAUAUAAAAACUUUAAGCAUGGUGGUAGGACUCAUUUUUAUCAGUCUAAACAGCUAUAUAAGAUGCUUCUAAUCUUUAAUGGCUUAUCAUUUUGAUUUGAUUGUUAAAUCUGGCUAGGAAAAAUCCUAGGUUUCUGCACUCAUUAAACUUAGUAAGAAUUUAAUGAAUGACAAAAACAAAGCCUGAUUUUCAAAGGUACUGAACAGCUGCAAAUUCCAUUAACAUCAGUUGAACUUGGUGUUAUUCAGCUCUUACAAAACUUAAGCCCCUAGUGUUUCCUAGUUUACAAUGCAAAAAUAGGUAUACUUGAAUUUUUUUCUAAACCAGGUUUCCUGAAAAAGCUUUCAUAAUUAUAUAAUAAUGUACAGUUUUAGAGGACAGUUGAAUGAAGGUGGGGAAAGGAAAAAGGAAAAGCCAGUUAUAUUUGGUAUGUCCUUAAAAGAACUUCCUACACCUUAUUUCCUAAUAUUUUAAAUAUUAAUAGGUGUACUUUGAUAUCUGUACAACAGUUUUGCAUACUUGUACAGCUGUAAAACAGUAAACAUGUAAUGUUAGUGAUUUAAAAAAAAAAUCAGGUUUCACCAAUGUAUUUUUAAAUGGCAGCAAUUUAAUCCUUGUAUUACCACAUCUUACUCUUGGUUACUUAAGCACAUGGAAGAUGCUAUAGAUAACUGCUACUAACCUUUACAGAAUUUUGUCGGGUACCUUUUGUAUUUUAGGGGGAGUACUCUUUCUCCAGCACAUUCAGAUGUAAAGUGAAUUAUGACUAAUAGCCAGUUCUCAAUUCUAAAUUGUGGUAGAUACAAAUUUGCAGCAACUGCUAGAUAUCGGGGACCUGAUCAAUUUAUCAGUUGUGUGGUACAACUGCCAUUGAAAUGAAUGGGAGUAAUGCAGUCACAUUUGAUGGACUGUUCAAGUCCAGAUUAUAGGUUUUUGCUACGGCUUAUUUUAUAAUAUUAUAUUUCAGAAUAGCUUUAGAUAUCAAACUUGAGUUCUGACCAAUAAUUAAAAUUUAUACUUUCAUUUAAUUAUUCCUGAAGUAGUUAAGAUAUUUGUGUAUAAAUAGCUCUUUUCAAGACUGUCUUCUCGCUGAUUAGUCAGCAAUGCUCUAACCCAAUUGACAUCAUGAUUUUAUUUAAUUUUAAAAAUCCUUUAUACAAAUAUCUCUAACCAAUGGGGAUGUAAGGAAAAUACUAUUGUGAAAGUUUUUUUUAUAUGAAUAUCUCUGUAGCCAAUAGGGAUAGAAGGAAAAUACUAUGUUUAAAAAUUAAAUGGAAUUUAAAAUGUAUUGAGUGUUGACAGAAGUGUCACUCUCAAUUUAAAGGAAGGUACACUUCCAAAAACUUCCUGCCCUGCAAACCUUCUCUCAGAUAUGAGAGAAAUACAGCAAGUAGAGACUGUAGAGAGCAGUAAAAUCACGUUUCCUUCUGGAACCCCCCCCAUUCAGUAGCAACCCCCUCUACUGGCCCAAUGCAGCCCACUGACAGACUUUUAAGUCUUGUUUUAGCUAGAAUUUUUUUUAUUCCUACUGUUACUGCCAACAGAGCAGUUCCAUUAGUGGGAGCAUCUUUUGGGGCAGCUGCUGGCAUUCUAACCACAGUGUCAUAUAGAUCAUCUCUGAGCAGAGUUAAAUGACACAGUUGAAAAUGAGGGCUGGUUUACAUUAGCAUUACAUCAGUGGGGCUGUAGGAAUUUAGGUGAAAUUACUGCAGACAUGGCUUUAUAGACAAGAGCGACAAUACUGAUGGGAGUAUUGUGCAAAGGGAGUUUCGGAAACCCAUUAGUACCAGUUACAUUCCAUAAGGGACUAAAAGGGCUAAGGUUGACCCAGCUUUACUAAAAGAUUCAAUGACAUACCAGAUGACAGCCACCCUCUCCCAAAUGAGUAUAGUACCAUUGAUGCCAGUGUCAUGCUACCACAUAGAACUGAAGUUACUGGUCCCAAUCUUAUAACGGUAAAGUCUCUUUCCUUACAUACUUGGGCAACAGCUUUUGUCAGAGAGUUCUGCCAUUCUGUUCUAUUUAGGUUCGUAUACCAUGCCUAUUGCCAUGGUAUCUGAGCACCAUUGGGUGGGCUUUGUGUCCUUCACUGCCUAUUAGACUUAGACUUAAAUUAUGUAUCAGGGACCUUUUGAUUUCCUUUUGACCACCUUCCUAAAUCCUUUGUCUCUCUGUCAUCCUAGUCUAGCUAACAUAGUAGCCUUUGUUUUGAUAAUUCAGUUGAUCUAAUACCAGGCCCAAACUUUCAGUAUGCUGCAUAUUUUUGUAUUGAAAACCUGUAACUGUUGUGGCACGUUAAGGCUAGUUGUCCUGACAAAAGGGUAGGAGGGGAUAUUCAUGCCUCGUGACACUUGGGAAGGCACGGAAAUCAGUUGGGGCUUUUGUAGUUGGAGGAAGUGCAUCUUUCUCUGUCCCUUCUUUGGCUGGGCAGAGGUGACUUUAAACUUGGAAAGAUUGAUAUUUGAAUUCCUCAUUUCCCCGUCUUAUUACUCUAAUAUUUGCCACUGUAACCACCAAUAAUUGCUAACAUUAGCUUUUAUUUUCUGAUAACAUGAUAGUUAUAAAGGUGUUCUCAUUAGACAUUGUUAACAUUCCUUGUAGAGGAAUGGGGCAAUUCUCACCUUUCAAAGUUGCAGUUUCAGGUUAUCUGCCUACUCACACAUAAUUACUCAUCAGUUUACAUCCUCUUCACAUUCUAAGGGUCUUUGCAAAUUUAAGGGCUAGAGACUUUUUAAAUUAAAACUUUAGACUCUGAAACACAAUUGCACAGCCAUAUACAUGACACACAGUCUGUUACACAUGGGGGACCAUUAAGAUUGGUUUCUCUGUGACUUGACUUGCCCAGCUCAGUACUUCACAGAUCAUUUUUGCAGCAUUUCUUCUGUAAUGUAGGUAUCUCUACAGAUGUUUAGAUACAUUGAUUUGAAAAUCUCAACCAUAAAAGGAUUUAGCCAGACAUAACAUUAUAAUAAAGUGGUCUUGUGGCCCAAUAAUAACUUUUGGUAGCCCACAUAAUUGUUCCAUUGAAGAUACAAAAUGUAGUGGGGGUAGAUUGCAACCCACACCUACUUGAUUGCUUCUCUCUCAUCCCAUUCUCAGUGUUCUGUUACUCACUCCUCUUUCUUAGUAUGGCUCAAUCACUUUUCUUCUACAAUAUUUGCUUCCUCUUAUUUAAGUACUUUAAUACCAUAUUGCACUUGCAACAGAAUUUGCUUAGCACUACACCACUGAGUGAGCAUUUUGUGUUUAGCACUUCAGUAAGAAGGAACUUUAGCUGUGUUCUUAGUCAGUUUCACUCAACGCAGAGUGAUGUGGGGUUUGCUCUUCUGAGGCCUGGGCUACACUAUACAGUUAGGUCGACUUAAGGCAGCUUACAUCAACCUCAUUAUGUCCGUGUACACACUACAGCCUUGUCCCGCUGAUGUAAGUGCCCUACUACACUGACGACAUAA